CAAAAGCAAAAGUCGUGUCGAAACAUAGAACAAGUUUCAUGUUUUCUCCUCAUUACCGUUUUGUGGGUGGCAUAAUCGAUUGUGUCUAUGUGAUUAACCUAAAAAGUGUUGUUUUGUUUCCAUUGUCAAAGAAAAUGCCAAUUUUAGCAUUCAGAUCGGAUCCAUAAAUCAAAUUAAAUGCAUGCCGAAGGGGCAACAUGAAUUCAACUUAGCGAAGAGCCCAGGAAAAGUGCGAACCAACCGAAAUCCUUCAAAAUGGCCACUAAUAAUGUAGGAAUUGACUGGAUGGGCAGCUUAGGUGUUGGGGUUGUGGACUUCGAGUCCCCUUCAACGGCUAUUGCCGACCAAGGAACUUCUCCUGGGAUCAAUCAAUAUGAACAAAUGGACAGAGCAAAUACUAGUGCAACUUUGAAGAGGAACCCAAAAAUGGAGCUAUCAAAAAACGAUCUACUUAAAUUUGUUACUUAUUUUGAGGGAGAAAUACAAGCUAGAGAGAUAGCUAUUGCAGCCCUUAAGUCAGAAAAGUUGAAACAAGUAGUCAGUGUAGGAAGAUAUAGACCUGCUGUUAUGGCAGAUCCAUACACAGCAUUGCUCAGAGAUAGCAUAGCAGAUGGACCCACAGCUAAACCUCCAGUGAGUGAAAAAGACAUGGCACAGGCAGCUGAGCAGCAGCUACAGGCCCUAGAACAACUAGUUUUACAGCAACGCUGGGCCCACCAGCAUAUGAUCAACAUAUUGAAAGAAGCAGAAAAUAAACACAAGAAAGUAAUUCAAGAAUUGGAAGAAGAGAAAUGCAAGCAUGAACAUGAUACAGCUCAAGGUGAUGAUAUAACAUAUGGUUUAGAAAUGGAGAGGACUAGAUUGAGGCAGGAAUUAGAAAUGGAAAGAAAUGCUAGAAAGAAAUUGGAAAAAGAGGUGAAAAGACAAGUGGAAAUGGCAGAUGAGGAGAGAGCUAGGCAGAAACAAAUUGUUCUGCUGCUUCUUGCUGAAAGAAAGAAGAUAAUAGUGAAGUAUAUUGAAGAAAGAAAAAGAAGUGAAGAUUUAGCUCAGAUACUGUCAGAAGAAAAAUCCAGAAUUGAUACUAUGGCAGAGGGUUUGGAAGAAGAAAGCAAAAAGUCACUCCAGAUGGAAGCUGAAUUGGAAAAACAACUGCAUGUGUAUGAAAAUGACAAGAAAACUCUUAAAGCUCAAUUGGCAACAAAAGAUCUCAGGUGUCAAGAAUUAGAAGAUGAAUUGCAGAAAGUCAAAGCAGAAUGUGAACUAUUAAGAAGUAGAGCUAUACCUGGUGAUGGUGGAGCUUCCAUAAUAAGUAGUGUCACUAAAGUUGUCCAGCCUACAGCCACAGUUUCAAGUGUACCUGUUUCAGGACCCAGUAAGUACACAAUGUUGGAAUCAUAUUCAUUUCCUCCUGAUAUAGCAUGCCAAAGUUGGUUUGAUUGUAUUAUCAAUGCUAACAAAUUACUAUCAUUCAAAAUCUCAGUUGACUUGCACAGAAUGAUAUUUUCAGCAACUGGGAUUGCACAGUCUGUUAUGCCAGGGCAGGCCCUCAGGCAAACAGCAAUUGCCCCAUCACCAGCUUUGGCUGUAAAGGCCAAUACUCCACAGUCCGGUACUAGUCAGGGUGCAACGCAGGCCUCAACAAUGCGCACGCCCCCAAAAGCGGGUAACUUCCACACCCAAUUCCAGUCUCCGUCUGCCCCCCAAACGCCCCCCAAAAAGAGUGCCGCCACCAGAGGCAUCCCGCCACCGAUUCCCCCCAACAAACCUGUCAUUCCCACCAAAACUUCUGCGGCAGUCAGAAGGCCAGAUAGCGGGGAUGGUGACAAAAAAAAAGCACCGGUACCUCAGAAAGAUGGGGACCCGAUGAGAUCCGGCCAGGGGAUAGAUGUCUUAGGACAGGAAUUAGCUGAUUUUCAACAGGUGUUCGUGACGAUGGCAACUAGCAAUAAUACUUGAAGAAACCGAUGUUGUUUAUCUACUCCUUAGAAGAAUGAACACUGUUGAGAUUGUGAAUGCGUGAAAGUUUGUGAUUAGUUGAAAUUUUUAUUUAUUUUACUUAGGCAGUAAGUCUUAUCUUGAAUAGGUGACCAUUGUUGGAAUUUCUGAAUAUUGUUUGUGCUGAAAUUCUGAUUCCUUGUGAUUUUUUAUUCAGAACAUCAAUAUAUGAUGUGUAUAUUAUUUUUUAGAAAGGAAUAUAUAUAUAUAUAUUUUAUUUUUUGAAAUGUUUUUCAAAUGAUUUUAUUUUGUUCAAAAACUGCAAUUAUGGACUUGAAACAUUUUUAGGCUCUUAGAAUAACUAGGAUUAUGUUAUUUAAAUUUUUUCACUAUUUGAAUUGAUUUCAGUUAUGAAUGAGAGAAAAUAAAAGGAAACAAAAAAGGAAAUGUGUUAUUCCAACAA